AUCAUUCACAGGGGAUUGUCGACAUUCUUCACAUUAGGACAACUCCUACCCACGCACCGCAUCAUGUGGUCCGAACAUGGCGGCCUCUUCCAACCCACCAUCACGCAAGCAAUCCGACUACUCUCCCGCGGCCCGUUCCUGCGCGACAACGAGCCCGCAGAGAAACCCAACCGAUCGCUGAAAAGUCCAGAUCUGUCCGAUCCGUUCAGCUCGGGACACCUCACCUUCUCUACGAACGGGAUCGAUACGUUCCCGGCGCCUUCGGCCUACCUCAGCCGCCGCCACAGCUGGAUACACAUAUUUCCCGAGGGGAGGAUAUACCAGACGGAAGAGAAGACGGUGCGGUACUUCAAAUGGGGCGUCUCGAGGCUGAUAUUGGAGAGCGAGCCGUGCCCGGAUGUGGUGCCAAUUUUCAUUCAAGGACCGGACGACGUGAUGCACGAGACAAGACAAUUUCCAAGAUUCAUACCGCGACCGUUCAAGAAUGUCAGGGUGACGUUUGGCGAGAAGCUGAAUACCGAAGAGGUGUUUGGGGAUCUGCGGAGACGCUGGAAACAAAUGCGGACGAGAGAAGAGCAGAAGAAUGGGGAGAUGGAAGUGGGCGUGCUGAAUGAUGAGCUGAAGUUCUCGGACGAGGCUGUCAGGCUGAGGAUAGAGUGUACGAAGAGGGUGCGCGCUGCUGUGCUCGAUGUCAGACGGAGGGAUGGAUGGCCCGAUGAAGAUCCCAAGGCAGGGCUCGCGGAGACAUAUGCGCACGAGGGCCGGCCGGGGGAGGGAAAGAAAAAGGACGGAAGCAUUGUGAAGAGCUGAAAAAGAGGAUUAGAAAUGAGUUGUAAGAGGUAUAUUGUAUAUUGUAUAUUAUAUUGAGAGGAUGAGCUCAUGGCUGAACGAACAAGAACAAGAACAAGAACAGAACAGAAGAGAGCAAAAUAGAUGAUCGUUUAGAAUUCUCAACCAAAGAUCGGGUUGCGAGAAUAAAAAGAACAAUAUCGUUGCUUCGCAGGCGGUACGGACGAUCGCGUUGUCAGAU